UUUAAUUUGGCCGAUGAAGAGUGCCUUGCGUAUGUGCGCCUGUUGGCCGAGCGCGUCGCCAGUCGACGACACUUUGCCGGUAAAAUUAUAUCGGAUCCUCGUCAAUGUCUGCGUGACGUUCGUCUGCCUCGGCGGAGCCCUCGAGAUCUUGGCCUUCUGGGGCCAGGUCGACAUGAACGAGACCAUCGAGUGCAGCCUCGUCGUCAGCGCCCUCAGCAUGGCCACGAUACGCCUCAUCGUUUUCAAUCGCAACGCCAGGGAGAUGUUUCAGGUGCUCGACACGAUGCGCCAGGAUUGGACCGUGAAUUACACGAGCGCGGAGGAUCGCGCCGUCUUGAGGAACAGGUGCAGAUUGUCCUUCAAGCUGGCCAAAAUUUUCAUCAGUAGCGUAGUGAUCACUUGGGCGCUCUUCUCCGCCAUGCCUUACGUCGAGGCACUUCACGGGCACAGAAGAAUCCUGCCCUUUCGCGGCUAUUAUUUCUUCGAUCUCGACACAGCGUCCAGUCCCGUUUAUCUCGGGGUUUACGUGAUGAAUUUCACGCUUGGCGCGUUCGGAUGUAGCACGAUCGCGGCUGCCACGAGUUUCAGCCUCAUAGCCACGAUUCAUGCUUCGGCCAAAUUCGCCAUAGUAAAGAAAAAAUUCGAGACCAUCGAUUGGAACGAACCCGAACAAGUCAAGAUGUGCGUGCAAGACCAUCAGAACUGCAUCAAGUAUGCCGAAAACGUCGAAACCGUCAUCAACAUUUUAGCCCUGGGCCAGUUCGUCGUGAGUACGGGGCUUAUAUGCUUCGCUGGCUUUCAAGUCACUACGAUGAUGAAGGAUCACGGCCGAUUGAUGAAAUACUCGUCGUUCCUGCAAGCGGCGAUAAUGGAGCUAUUCAUUUUCAGCCUCAGCGGCCAGCUGAUGCAGACCGAGAGCUUGGAAAUAGCCGAGCACGCGUACAAUAGUCAGUGGAUCGGCUGCACAAAGUCCAUCAACAUCAGAAUGGUCAUUACGCGCUCCAGAAAAGCUUGCACCAUCACGGCUGGCAAAUUUUACGAUAUGUCCCUCGAGUCGUUUCUAAAGGUUUUGAGCUCGUCUUUCUCGUAUUUUACGGUUCUCAUUACCGUGAAGGAUGGAUAAAAAUUGCAUAAUUCCAGCGGCUCGUAUAGCUAUCAGCAGUUGUAAUAUUCAUUAAUUUGUAAACACUUAAU